GCGAGCGUGCACGCAGACAGGAGGUUGUGCUGAACGCGGAACCAGGACCUCGGCAGCAGCGCGAGUAGCCGGGGAGCAGCUUCUCAGAGGGCAUCCAGCAGCCAGUCCCUGGCAGGAGUGCCUUUGGCCAGAGCCUUUGUGCCAGCGCCGGGGCAGAGGCACAGGCCUGGCAGCCUGCCAGCUGCCUGGCUGCCUCUUUCCUGCCUUCAGAUCCCAGGGGCUCCUGUCCCCACUUGCCCUAGCAGUAGCUCCCUCCCAUCCCCACUGAAGCCCUGCUCACUGCCCCAGACCAUGCUUGCCAUUCCGCUCCUUCUCUUGCUUGUGCCAGGCCUCAUCCUGUACCCGCAGCAGGCCGGGGAUGGGCUGGAUGAGGCCGCACUGGAGCGCAUGCAGCAGCGUGCUGAGUACCUGAACCAGCAGAUGACUCGGCUGAUUCAGGAGCUGGAGCAGAUGAAGCAGGAGCAGAGUGGUGGGGCCUGGGGAGGCCUGCUCGGGUGGCAGUUCUGGGCUCUGGCUGGAAUCGCCGUCCUUCACUUGGCCCUGCACUUUGCACUUGUGAAAAUGGGGCGCGAUCCAGGCAACGGUGGCCACAAGCAGCAGAUUGGUGGAGGAGGAAGAAGAAGGAGGAGGCAACGUGGUUGCAAAGGAAGAAACAGAAAGUAGCGUUGCUGCAAAUGUGGAAGACGACAAAAAGGGGGAAAAUGAAGAAGGCAGUAACAGCGAUGCAAAGGCAGAAAGCAGUGCUGGAAAUGAAGCAAAAGAAGGCUACAACACUGCAAAGGAAGAAGUGAACCAGGACGAAAAGGCGGGGGAAGCCAAUGCGGCCGGAAAUACAGAAGACAAUCAGGAGAAGGCAAACAGAAAAGAUGACAACCACAAUGCCAAAAGGAAGCUUGGAAGCCGUCUAGAGGAGCGCAUGCAUUUGCCUGUUCUGGAUCUGGACAAAGGCUGUCAGCUGAUAACGGACCUGAUGGACAAACUGACCCACAUCUUUGGACAAGGCUUGUCCAACGGUUUCUACCCGGUGCCGCAACAAGCUGUUGGGGUGGGCAGCGCCUUUGAAGGCUGGAGUCCCAGGCGUGCACAAGAUGUUGUGUACCGUGUGCUUGUACCCCUGAGCCCCCCUCCAGGACAUGCCUUCCACCUGGAGCUGGACGCUGCAGGGAUGCUCCAGAGGAACUUCUGUGUCCGUGUGGAGCUGCUGUGCACCUGCACGAGGGAGAGGCUGGGGGAGGACAUGCUGUGUUUUCUCCACCACCCCGAGGUGGAGCUGAGAAGGAGACAGGACCCCAGCCUCCUGCACACCCUCUGCACCGGCUCCUAUCUAGAUGUGGAGAAGACUGUCCACUGGUUCUAUGGAUUUGUGAGAGUAGCCUGGCUGCUCUUGCCUCAAUCCCGCCACUGGCGUUUAACGCUGCAGCCCUGCAGCCGCUCCUGUAAAUUUCAGCUGCGCAAAGACAAGGAAAGCUUCACGGCUGAGAUGAUCUUUGCAGUGCGGCAAGGAGACUCCGAUAUCUUUGUGUGCAGCCAGCCUGCAGAAGCAGGCAUCCCAAGCACAAGGUGGCCGGAGACUUACGCCGUGGCGGAGGCAAACUUCUUCAGGCACAUUUCCAGGCAGGCCCCCCAGGACAGUUGUCACUGCAAGUGCCUGCAGCUCCUCACGGGCUUCCUGAUGGGUGUAGGUUUUUCCAGCUACGCCCUGAAGACUGUGGUGAUGCACCUCCUGAACACCGUACCCCUGACGCAGUGGCGCAGGAGGGAUUUCGGGCAGCGACUGAUGGAUAUCCUGAAGUACCUCCGCUGCUCGCUGGACACAAAACAGCUUCACCACUUUGUCGUCGGCAAUGCGAGCUUCCCAAUGGAGAUCAGCUUGCCCUCAGGCUUCCGGGUGGCUGAAGCACCCAACCUCUUUGAGCACCUGGCCAGCAGUCCGAAUGCCCACAGGAAGGCCGUGCAGGAGUACAAUUGCCUGCUGGAUCGGCUCAAACAACUGCCGAUCCACGGCCAUUGAAAGAGAUCCCGAUGCACAGAGCUCUGCUUGUGGGGCCUCUUGACAGACCCUGUAUAUAUUAACCUCCCGUAGUUAGUGCAUUUACAGUAUAUAUUAGUACCCUGUAAUCAGUGCUUUUGCUCUGUUUAUUAAUACCUCAUAAGUACUGCAUUUAAGAUAUAUAUAUAUCUUAGGAACCUCUAGUUAGUGAAUUUACACUAUAUUUAUAGGAACACUCUAGUUAGUGCUUUUGUAUUUACAUUAAUACGUCUAGUUAGUGCAUUCAGAAACCCUCAACCUGUUUUGGAUUUGUUUCAAUAAACUGGCCUAUUCCAGUAUCUGGAUUGUGCAAGCUCUUCUUGAACUCGAGCAGACCUAGAGCAUUUGUAAAUUCCACUAGUUGUGAAUUUGUGGCUGCCUGGGAGGAGACACUGUUAAUAGCAAGGCUUUUCUAACUGGCGCAUACAAUUCUCAGUCCGCCUUGCUCCUCUCAAUGGUCUCCCUGGUGCAGCGGACACUGGAGACCACGGUGGCUACAAAGAUGAUUUUUGCCCUGUGUUCCCCUUGCACUCUCUGUCCAUGUUGGCCGUUCCACAUGGGCUCUGAAACUCCCUGGCAGCUCUGCCUGGGCAGGGACCAAGCAAGAG